ACACCUCCGUACAAUAGAGAUGGCUUAAUGGGGGGCGGGAAAUCGGUUCUCACAGUCUCAGAGUCACUUAAUCUUAGGUUGGAAGCAAACUACAAAGAUACCCAAAACAUUCCCAAACUGAUAGUCCCACUCCCACACUUUUACUUCUGGGUUUUCAUUCUUUUUCCAUUUUCAGAAUCUUUCAUUUCACCAUUUCUGUCUACCCUACAUUUUCUUGAUCAACUCUAAAAACCCAGUAGAAUAAAUGAUAUUCUAGUAAAAUGGGAUCAGAGCAUAAGGAUAGGGAUUCAGUUGUUACUCAACUCAGUUUUGGUGGGUUUUGUGAUGGUAUCACCGCUCAAAUGUUUGCGGAUUACCUCGAAGAUGAAUUGGGCGUGCUAGUGUGGAGGUGUAGAUUGAAGAAGUCGUGGACUCCUCUAGAGUCGUAUCCAGACUUUCGAAUCCAAAAUCCCGAAGAUAUAGAGAAUGCUGACGAUUAUGAGAAGGUGGAGCCCCAUGCUUUCGUGCACUUUGCUUCCGCUGAAUCAGUAGAUUUGGUUCUAAAUGCAGCUGGAUGUGGGGAUCUUAUGUUGUAUGGGAAAGUAAUUAAAGUAAGUUCAGGACCUCAGAACCCCUUCCGCAUCAAUCAGAGGAGGCGGACGACUACCCCAUAUAAGUUAACUGAUGUUCGUUUUGAUAUCGGGACUCUUGUUAGUAGCGACGAAAUGAUCGUGGGUUGGAAAGGACCUCCAACUGGGGUGAAUCUACUUGUCGAUCCAUUUGAUGGAACCUGCAAGUUUUGUUUCACUAGGGAAACUGUUUUUGCAUUCAAAGAUCAGAGAAAAAAUACUAAACUUAAAUGUGAUUUCAAGAUGGAAUUUCUUGUCAGAGAGAUUAACGAGAUUAGACGAUAUACCGAUAUUUCAUCACUCGUUAUCUUGAUGCACCUUUCUUCGUCUCCCUUGAUCUACUAUCGUACAGCUGAUGACGAUAUAUAUGAGUCGGUUCCAUUUGAUCUAUUAGAUGAUGAUGAUCCUUGGAUAAGGACAACAGAUUUCACUCCUGAUGGGGUGAUUGGUUGGUGUAAUUCAUAUAAAAUUUCAAUCCCACCUCGAAAUGGCCCAAGGCUCGAGAGAGCUUUAAAGUAUCUAACAGAACGACGGGUUCCAGUUGACCGUCCGAAGCAGCGACUUAAGGUCAAGGAUGAACAUGGUUUUGGUAUGCCGAUAAAAGACCCGUUCUUCUGUGUUCAACAUGAAAAGGGUGUUCCAUUUGAAGUCAUUUUUAUGCUUAAUGCUGUUGUGCAUAAGGGUAUCAUAAAUCCGCACCAGCUAUCCGAGAGAUUCUUCGAUCUGCUUAGAGCCCAAUCAACUGAUGUUAACUUGGCUGCCUUAAAGCACAUCUGUUCUUACAAGCGCUCCGUGUUUGAUGGUUACAAGCGGCUAAAGCUCGUACAAGACUGGUUGCUUAGGAAUCCGAGGUUGGUUAAAGAACCAUCGAAGUUAUCUGACAUUGUAGAAGUUAGGAGGCUGAUUAUCACCCCAACGAAAGCUUACUGUGUUCCACCUGAAGUGGAACUUUCGAAUCGGGUUCUUAGGCAAUACAAAGAUGUAUCCGAUCGGUUUUUGAGGGUCACGUUCAUGGAUGAAGGUCAGCAAAUGCUGAACUCGAACGUCCUGUCGUACUAUGCUCCUCCCAUUGUGAAGAUGAUGACAUCGAAUAAUUAUCUCCAGAGAACAUCGGUUUUCAGAAGGGUGAAUGUUCUCUUAAAGCAAGGUUUUCUUGUGUGUGGAAGGAUGUAUACCUUCUUGGCGUUUUCCUCGAACCAGUUGAGGGAUCGUUCUGCUUGGUUUUUCGCUGAAGACAAGACGAACGAGAGGUUAACUGUAAAAAGCAUUAGAAACUGGAUGGGGCGAUUCACCGACCGGAAUGUUGCCAAGUGUGCUGCACGUAUGGGUCAGUGUUUCUCGUCUACUUACGCUACUGUUGAAGUGUCUUCGGACCAAGUUGACCCAGAUUUCCCCGACAUCGAAAGGAAUAACUAUGUCUUCUCUGAUGGAAUUGGAAUCAUAACACCGGAUCUUGCCCUUCAGGUUGCAGAAAAACUGCAAUUAGCUGACAACCCGCCUUGUGCAUAUCAGGUCCGGUUUGGAGGUUGCAAAGGUGUUGUGGUGUGCUGGCCUGCAAAGAACGAAAAGAUCAAGAUUCAUCUCCGGCCAAGCAUGAACAAGUUUUACUCGCAACACCGAGUUGUUGAAGUCUGUUCAUGGACAAGAUUCCAGCCGGGGUUUCUAAACCGCCAAAUAGUGACUUUGCUAUCAGCGCUUCAGGUUGAUGAUGACGUAUUCUGGAGAAUGCAGGAAACGAUGGUAUCGAAACUUGAUCAGAUGCUGGUGAAUACUGAAGUAGCCUUUGAUGUCCUUACAGCUUCAUGCGCUGAGCAGGGUAAUACAGCGGCAAUUAUGUUGGGUGCCGGUUUUAAGCCACAGACUGAGCCUCAUCUCCGCGGCAUGCUUACUUGCAUUAGGGCAGCACAGCUUGGGGAUCUACGAGAAAAGGCAAGAAUAUUCGUUCAAUCGGGUAGGUGGCUAAUGGGGUGCUUGGAUGAGGAAGGUGUGCUUGAACAAGGACAGUGUUUUGUUCAAGUGUCGAAUCCUUCUCUCGAAAAUUGCUUUUCGAAACACGGUUCAAGAUUUUCGGAAAUGAAGAACAAUAUGCAGAUUGUUAAGGGGCUGGUUAUUGUGGCGAAAAAUCCUUGCCUUCAUCCUGGGGAUGUAAGAAUCUUGGAGGCGGUAGAUUCUCCGAAGUUGCAUCAUCUUUUUGACUGUCUUGUCUUCCCUCAAAAGGGGGAGAGGCCGCACACAAAUGAAGCUUCGGGUAGUGAUUUAGAUGGUGAUCUAUACUUCGUUGCUUGGGAUCCGUGCCUCAUCCCGCCUAGCAAGCGAAGCUGGAUACCGAUGGAGUAUACGGCUGCUGUGGCGAGGAAAUUGCCUCGUCCAGUGACGCAUAUGGAUAUAAUAGAUUUCUUCACUAAAAACAUGGUUAAUGAAAACUUGGGUACAAUCUGCAAUGCCCAUGUAGUUCAUGCUGACCUUAGUCCACAUGGAGCAUUGGACGAAAACUGUCUUAAAUUAGCAGAACUUGCUGCGUUGGCUGUGGAUUUUCCAAAGACCGGAAAGGUGGUUACAAUGCCUAAUGAUUUAAAACCCAAGAUGUACCCGGAUUUCAUGGGAAAACCCGAAAACCAUUCCUACAAGUCUGACAGAAUUCUCGGUAGAUUGUACAGGAGAAUUAAGGAUGCGUAUUUUGAUCAAGAAACCGACCCUACUUCUGAGUCGAACUUCAGUCUUAAGGAUGUGACUUACGACACUGAUCUCGAUGUUCUAGGUUCAGACGAUUUCGUAAAAGAAGCAUGGGCUCUCAAGUGCUCCUAUGUAGUACAAAUUUGCGGUCUUCUGGCACAAUACAAAGUCAGCAAAGAAGAGGAGAUCGUGACCGGGCAUAUAUGGUCAAUGUCCAAGUCGAAUAGCAAAAAGCAAGGUGAGCUCAAGGAGAAGCUCAAGCACGCGUACAAUUGUUUAAAGCGAGAGUUUAGGCAACAUUUUGAUAAACUUGGUGCUGAUUUUGAGCCCCUCUGCGAUGAGGAGAAGAAUUUGGUUUACGAAAAGAAGGCAUCGGCUUGGUAUCGAGUGACUUAUCAUCCCGAAUGGAUAAAAAAGUCGAUGGAGUUGCAAGGCCCUGAUGGUGAGGGGCAGACGGAUGUUAUUUUAAGUUUUGCGUGGGUCCCAGCUGAUUACCUCGCUCGCAUUAAGGUAAAGUGUGGAGGAGCGGGAAUCUUGGAUGAUGAUCAAAAGCCGAUCAGUUCUUUGGCGAAUUACCUCGCAAAGUGCAUGCGUAUCUCUUGAGCUUGAAGUCUGUCGAUGUAAGUUGGCUGCAAGGCCGCUCUGCCAUUUUUUUGCAAGUUUAUCUGGAAUGCAUUGGAAUUUUUGAUGGUUUCAUAUUUAGUCUUCUUAAUGUGAUCUAUGUACUAAAACUGAUGUGGGCUUUAUGAAUGUAUUUGUCUUUUGAGUACUUUUUUUCGAAGGCGUUUUCUUUCAUCUUUAUGCUAUAAUGGAAGAUGUACGUAUCUUUUACGAGUAUAAAUUUGUUCUUCCAUGCUUUCGUAAAUU